GUCACAUGAUUCUUCCAACAGUCUUACAUGCUCGCCAAAAACUCAGUGGCUUCUAUGGCGGAGUGGAUGAAACUGAGGUGACUAGUGGGUGUAAGUAUUUGAAAACCUGCAGGACAUGACAGAGUCUGUAUUCGGAGCCUGAUAGACAAAAUGGCGCUGUCUUUGCCAUCAUCAUUUGCACUCCUGGCCUUUGUUUUCCUCACAGCUGAAGUAACCCUCUGUGCAGGAAGUAAUGGAUGUGUUUCCAGACACUUUGGCCAUGACUCUGUGGUUUGUGAGUGUAAUUCAACUUACUGUGACAGUGUUGGGUCGGUCACUUUGCCUCCUCUGGGUCAGUUCUCCUCUUACCUGAGCAGCAUGGCAGGCAGCAGACUGGAGGCAGCCCAGGGUCAGGUCCAGGUGAACAGCACAGGGACAGGUCUCAGAUUGACUAUCGUUCCCUACCAGAAGUACCAGAAGAUCAGGGGGUUUGGAGGAGCUAUGACAGAUGCAGCAGCCAUUAAUAUUCUUUCUCUGUCUGCUGGUGCACAGGAUCAGCUGCUGAGACAGUACUUUUCACCUGAAGGUAUUGGCUACACCGUUGUGCGUGUGCCCAUGGCCAGCUGUGACUUCUCCACCCGCCUCUACACAUAUGCCGACACACCCGGAGACUACAACCUGGAUAAUUUCACUCUGGCCCUCGAGGAUGUCAACAUGAAAAUUCCUCUCCUGCAGCGUGCCAAGGCCCUGUCACCUCGCCCCUUGUCUCUGCUGGCGAGUGCUUGGAGCGCCCCCGCUUGGAUGAAAACUAAUGGUGCACUCAUUGGAAAAGGAUCCCUGAAUGGCCAGCCUGGUGGCAAGGAGUACAAAACCUGGGCUCAAUAUUAUAUCAGGUUCCUUGAGGAGUAUGCUAAAUAUAACCUGACCUUCUGGGCUCUGACCACAGGGAACGAGCCCACUGCAGGAGAGAUGACACACUACAGUUUCCAGGCUCUGGGCUUCAGUCCCGAGGAGCAGAGAGACUGGGUGGCUCUGGACCUGGGUCCUGCUAUACAUGCUUCGUCACACCCCCACACGCACAUCCUCAUACUGGAUGACAACCGCCUGCUGCUGCCGCACUGGGCCAAAGUGAUAUUAAGUGACAUUCAUGCUGGAAAGUACAUUCACGGUGUUGCAGUUCACUGGUACAUGGACGGCCUUGUCCCCGCUGAGCUAAGCCUGGGAAUCACCCAUCAUCUGUACCCGGAGUAUUACCUGUUCGCCACUGAGGCGUGUUCAGGCUGGAACCUUUUAGACAGAGGGGUUAAGCUGGGUAGCUGGGACAGAGCUGAACAGUAUGCACAUGACAUCAUGGAGGACUUAAAUCAUUAUGUGGUGGGUUGGACUGACUGGAAUCUGGCGUUGGACCAAACUGGUGGGCCAAACUGGGUGAAAAAUUUUGUAGACAGCCCCAUUAUAGUGGAUGCAAAGCGUGAUGUCUUCUACAAGCAGCCUAGCUUCUACGGCAUGGCACACUUCAGUAAGUUCCUGUGGGAGGGGUCUCAGAGAGUGGGCGUGUCACCAAGUGAGGAAACAAAACUGGAAUAUUCUGCCUUCAUCAGACCAGAUGGCUCAGUGGUGCUGAUUGUACUCAACAGGUUGUCAACAGUGAUCCAGUUUGAAGUCUGGGAUCCAGAAGUGGGCUUCAUCCCCUCCACUGCUCCGGCUCACUCAGUCCUCACACUUGCAUGGAACACACACUGAUCCUUAAUUUGAGCCACAAGCCUCUAACCACCAAAGACAUUUAUUUUAAAAAACGUACUUGGUUGUUAUCAAACCACUCACAUGCACAUUUCCAUAUUUGGUAUUAGAUUUUUUUUUCUGCACAGCUUCAGUGAUUUCAGUGUCCACUUGAAUUAACCUCAACAAACCAGGAAUAACCUCAUUUCUGUGAUUGUGAUUCCUUUAUGCACUGAUUCUUAUCAGGACGGUACCUGAGAGUGAUGAAUGUAUCUGUUCACCGAAAGAGUAACUGGUGUCCUUAUUUGCAGCUAAAAAAGAUAUGAAGUGUCCUCACCAUCUCUUAGGAAAUCAUAUAAAUAAUGUACAUAUUUGUAAAUGACUUAUGUUGCUAUUUAAUCUUUUCAUUUUGAAUGAAGCACAUAUAAUUUUAAGGUA